AAGUGUUAUCGCAUUUGCCGAUUGUAAGAAAAAGAAGGAAGAAAGAUCGGAAGAUGAAGAGGGUCUUCGGCGCCAAGAAGGAUAAGGAGCCUCCUCCUUCGAUUGGUGAUGCCUCCGAUAGGAUUAACAAAAGAGGGGAUACAGUGGAGGAGAAGAUCAAGAAGCUGGAUGUGGAACUGAAUCGAUACAAGGAGCAGAUCAAGAAGACAAGGCCUGGCCCUGCUCAGGAAGCUGUCAAGGCCAGAGCGAUGAGGGUUCUCAAGCAGAAGCGAAUGUAUGAAGGACAGCGUGACAUGCUCUACAAUCAGACCUUCAACCUCGAUCAAGUUGCUUUUGCUUCUGAGGGUAUCAAGGAUGCUCAGCAAACUAUGACAGCUCUGAAAUCUGCCAACAAGGAAUUGAAAGGAAUGAUGAAAACUGUUAAGAUCCAAGAUAUUGAUAAUUUGCAAGAUGAAAUGAUGGACCUGAUGGAUGUAAGUAACGAAAUCCAAGAGACACUUGGUAGAAGCUAUAGCGUUCCCGAUGACAUCGAUGAGGAGGAACUUAUGGGUGAGUUGGAUGCUCUAGAAGCAGACAUGGGUAUGGAAACUGAAUCUGAUGGGGUACCAUCCUAUCUACAACCUGAUCGGGAGUCUGAUUUAGAUGGAGAGCUCAAUUUGCCUUCAGCACCCAUAGGACAUGCAGGAGUCCCAGCUGGAAGAUCCAAUGGCCGGGCUGAAGACGAAUUGGGUUUACCUGCUGUUCCUCGGGCAACACUUCGUGGAUAAGAGUAUAAUUAACUAUCUUGUGCAGUUGUGCAUCAAGUGGGCUGAUGGAAGAAGUCUUUGUAACCAUAUUGUGCAGAAGUGAAUAACUUAAAUAGAUUCGAUUCAUUCUAGCGUUCAAAUUUAUUUAUUGGAUUAUAAUUUGUCAAUGGCAUGGUGUGGAAUUCAACUUACUAUAUGAUAAUACUA